AUGGAGGUUCUUGGUCUUGUAGCCACUAUCGGCUCUGCCGUGCUGACUAUUGGGAAAUCUGUGCAGACCUUGACGACUCUCCGGCAGAAAUACCAGAACUCAGAACUCAAUAUUACCCUCCUCACAGGCCACCUUCGGACCGUUCGAGCUGCGCUCUGUCAGGUUCAGAUCUGGGCUGAGCGAUGUCCAACCGUCGAGUCUGGUCAUGGUCAGUUCAUGGUCGACGUCGAGGACGCCGUGAACGGUUGCGGCGUAACAAUCGACCACAUUCACGCCCACAUUUCCAAGUUCGAAUGGGAGACUGAUGGGCUCAAGCCCCGGAGCAAGAUCACUCUGCUUCUCGAUGACCAGACGAUGAAAGAUUUCAUAAAUUGUCUCAAUCAUCAAGUAUUGGCUCUCAACCUCCUCAUAACUGCAUCAAAGUGUUCGACACAGCACGAGCAACAACGGUUGCUCCAAAGGAAGGAGAGCAGAGCGAUUUUCAACCGAGCCAAAGACGAUGCCACCUCACUUGUGGGAUUUCGAGAUUCUGCCUCCUUCACUCCUUCGAUUGGGAGAACCUCAUCCGCUCGAUACUCUACGACUUCCGGUCUCUCGAAAAUGUUCGAUUUUGAUGAUGUCCUCCUUCGGCACAAGGUGUAUCAAAAUAGCUUUCGGUCUAUGAUCAGGCGUGCGGUCAGCCCCACGGAGUUGUUGAACGACACAAAGAGGCACAAAAGUGCUGAAGGUCCAGCAGAACUUGAACUCAAGACCACAGCCAAACAAUCUGCAAAAAUAGAUCUCAAGCUCAAGGAAGAUGCCCGGAAGCUGAGAACAGAGGUCAAAAUACUCGCUAUAGGGGAGCAGCAUGGCAGGUCCUGCAUUGUGAAGCAGAUGAGGCACCGGUGGGGCUACCCUUUCUCUGACAAAGAGGUUGAGCAGUAUCGAAAAUGCAUCACAGCUCUUGCAGUCAAUGCACUAGUUGCUAUCCUGGACUAUGUGCAUGAGUUGGGUGUUGGUCUUGUCAGUCAAGUCAGUCGAGACCAUGAUGAACUUGUCCGGAAGUUUGCAGCAACUGGAGGCGCAGAAUGGAGGGCCACUGUUGACAUUGCGUCGUCGGUGCAACAUCUGUGGCACAAUUGGCAUGUCCGACAAGCUUUUGCUGCCAUGGAACAACAUGGCCAGACACCAUACUUCCUCAAAGCCAGUGACAGGAUCUGCCAGCCAGAUUAUGUGCCUACCAACAUGGAUAUCAUCAGAGCCCCUGAGAUAAUCGAUACAAUGAAAGAGACGGAGUUGACCAUUUCUCCCUCCGAUUCCGAUAUACUUCGAGUCAUUGAGAUCAAUGAACAACACGCGAUGAAAGUCAUCUCGCAAUUUGCCGACAUACAGUUCUGUCUGUUUGCGGUCGACAUGACAUGCUACGACCGUUACCAAAGCGAAAGCCCCAAGUCCAAUGUAUUGAGAGACCGACUUUGGAACUUGAGAGCUGUCUGUGGGUCAACAUACUUUACCAGGACCAUCAUCCUACUUGUCCUGACAAAUGCCACCGCUUUCGCAAAGAAGAUAGCCUCAUCGCCACUACAAUCGCAUUUCCAGGACUACGCCGGUGGCAGUGACGCCAAUGCUGCCACAAAAUACAUUCUGAAAAAGUGCAAGCAAGCCAACUAUAGGGCUUUGCCGCUCUUUUGGCACAUUUUCGAUUGUGCUGUGGAGGAGGCUGAGGCCAAGGCGACGGACGAGUUCUUCAGGCAGUCUGCUGCCAAUGCCUCGGUGUCGUUGAUCCGUGAAAUCUUUGUCAGUGGAAUCUAG